UAAAAGCAAAGUCCUUAGAAAAUGGCUGAUUAUAUGGCUUCUGCUCAAACCCCAUGUGCCAGUUCCUUGAAUCCGAAACCUUGCCUAAUAACUUGUUAAACUCUUUACAGGUUUUGAUAGGGAAAGUUAAAAUUUUUGUUGAAGCUUUCCAUAUUCAUGGCAAAGGAUCAGAUUGUAAGUACCAUGUUCAGGUUCCAUACUUUUUACUGCAUAAUUGCAACCCUUUCUGUAUUUUCUUUCAUUUCAAUCAUCUGUUGGUGUCAGUUUUCCAGCAAAUGUUAUUCCAUGAACAUUAUAAUGAUGCAAAAGGCAAAGGAAAGCAUUGAUUUGCUUACAUUCCCUUAUGCUUGGAAUCUUCUUUCUUUUCCUGCUGAUCCUCCCUCUCAGAUCCUUAAAAUUGGUGUUUUUGUGAAGAAAUGGCCUCACAGAUCUCAUGCAGGUGGGCUUGAAAGGCAUGCUUUGACCCUACACCUUGCUCUUGCCAAAAGAGGCCAUGAAUUGCACAUUUUCACCACUUCUUCACCAAAUUCCACUUUUCCUACAUAUCCAUUUCCCAACUUGGUUUUUCACCUUUCAAGGCCAACAUCGGGUGGAUAUUUGGACCAAGCUGUUGUAUGGGAGCAACUCCGAGCACAAAACUCGACCGGGAGACCGUUUGAUGUCAUCCACACCGAGAGCGUCGGGCUGUUGCAUACUCGAGCGAAGAAUGUGCCAAAUCUAGCUGUUAGUUGGCACGGAAUUGCUUAUGAAACCAUUCAUUCGGAUAUCAUCCAAGAGCUUCUCCGUAGUCCGGAAGAACGACAGGCUACCAUGAUGACAGAAAGAGCGAUGAAAGUCGUGGAAGAGGUGAGGUUUUUUCAAAGAUAUUCUCACCAUGUUGCUACAAGUGAUCAUGCUGGGGAUGUCCUAAAAAGGAUAUACAUGAUCCCGGAAGAACGAGUCCACAUCAUCCUCAACGGGGUCGACGAGGAGAUUUUCAGACCCGAACUCUCUCUUGGAAUCGAUUUUAAACAGAAGUUCGGCAUCUCGAAAAGUAGGUCAUUGGUAUUGGGAAUUGCAGGGAGGUUGGUGAAAGACAAAGGGCACCCUUUGAUACAUGAAGCUUUAAAGCAAAUCUUCAUGGAAAACAACAAGUUCCAGCAAAGUGUUACUGUUCUUGUUGCUGGUGAUGGUCCAUGGGGUGCUAGAUACAAAGAUCUAGGAGCCAAUAUACUUGUUUUGGGUCCAUUGGAACAAGCUCAACUAGCCAAGUUCUAUAAUGCAAUCGAUAUUUUCGUGAAUCCGACUCUCCGAGCACAAGGAUUGGAUCAUACUCUGUUGGAAGCAAUGCUCUCUGGGAAACCGGUAAUGGCUACACGAGUCGCCAGCAUCACGGGGUCGGUAAUCGUCGGACCAGAAUCUGGUUAUACUUUCUCACCUAGUGUGGAGUCCUUGAAAAAGACUCUGUAUAAAGUUUGGAAUGAUGGCAGAGUGGUGUUGGAGAAUAAAGGCAAGGCCGCUAGGCAAAGAGGGCUGCAAUUGUUCACAGCAACCAAAAUGGCAGCUGCAUAUGAAAGACUGUUUCUAUGCAUAGGAAGGGAACAAUAUUGCAAAUACCAAAAGUAGCAAUGUUGGUCU